CAUCUUCUAUUUCAGUCGUAUAACGACGCGACACCCGAACGGAUCAACUGCCGCAGCGUAAGGAGUGUGUACGGGUUUUACUAUCAAGGCGUGAUUGAAUUCGGAAAAGCUAGUGUUGCGUCUUUAUAACCAUCAAGAAGCGAUACUGUUGUCAGACUAGAACGCAUCAAGCUAAGGCCUAAGUGGAAGAAAAGUGAAAAUGGAUUCGAAUGUGACUAUUCGGUUGAAUAAUUUGGAAAAUUGGUACACAUUCUUGAUUGACGAUUUGGCAGACAAAAGGACAGAACAGCUGCCGAUACUUUAUAGUCCAAUGUGGCCCAUAUCGGUUCUUUUGCUGUAUUUCGGAGCUGUGUAUAGUUGGGUCCCCAAUUAUAUGAAUAAUCGAAAACCCUAUGAAAUGAGAACGGUAAUGAUUGCAUAUAAUCUGUUCCAAGUUGUGGCUUGCUGUUCUCUGAUUCGGCAUUUCUUCAAGUAUGGUUGGACGUUUGAAUACUUGUACACAUGCAUGCUACCGGAUUAUUCCACAAACUCGAAAGCGAUCGGCAUUAUGUAUGGAUCUUACUUCAACUAUGUGAUCAAAACAAUUGAACUUGUUGAAACAGUACUAUUCGCUCUGAGGAAAAAACAGAGCCAAAUUAGCUUUUUGCACGUUUAUCACCAUGCCUGCACUUUCCUGAUUGCAUGGAUCUUUGCGAAGUAUGUUGGAGGAAGCAUGCUGACAUACACUAUCAUCGUCAACUCAACGGUGCACGUGUUCAUGUACUCGUAUUAUCUGAUGGCAAUUUUUUCCAAACAAUUGCCGUUCAAGUUGAACAUUGUGAAGAAAUUUAUUACUGUGUUCCAAAUUGUUCAAUUGAUGAGCAUCUUGGUAAACAUCGGAUUUGCAAUGCGCAGCAGUUGCCCCAUGCCAUCGGUCCUGAUUGUGAUUUAUUUACCGUAUAUGGUGGUUCUAUUGUGGAUGUUCUUCAGUUUUUAUGUUAACACGUAUAGGGCAAGCGGUAAACGGUUGAUCGAUGUUAAUAGAAAUGAGAUAAGAUUCCAAAAAACCCAAUAGUCAAA